UUGCACCGCUCGCAAAGAAAGCCGAGUGUUUACAUCCACUCCUCCACAGGAGAGACAUACAUAAGAAACGGUGCAGCUGCACCCAGUCAACAGCCUGUCAAUCAACCGCACUACAUCACGGGUAGCGAAUACAAAGAAAAACGACCAACAGUGACAAACAGCCAUGAAUCUUGAGCCACCCAAACCAGAUAUCAAAUCAGCCACCCGUGUCACCGGUGGUCCUGCCACACCACGCAAAGGACCGCCCAAGUUCAAGCAGAGGCAGACUCGCCAGUUCAAGAGCAAGCCACCAAAGAAGGGUAUCCAAGGUUUCGGAGAUGACAUCCCUGGCAUGGAAGGUUUAGGCACUGACAUCACUGUCAUCUGCCCCUGGGAGGCCUUCAACCAUCUGGAGCUUCACGAGCUGGCUCAGUAUGGUAUCAUCUGAGCCCGUUACCUUCCCAUCAUCCUCUGUGCAGUGAAGACCCCUUCCAGUCAUGUUCUCCAAACCACCUGCCUCCAUCCUGGCCAUCGUCUCCAAGUGGACCAUUCCAACUUUUAUAACAGAAUAAACACACAAAACA